GUUAAGCGCUGUGUGGUCCUGCCUGUCAACAACACCGCAACCUGAGAGGAUUGCAGCCUCUUGGCUAGCAAAGUGUACCUGCGAAGUUGCUAAAAACCUCCAUUGUUACAAUUCGAAGUUAUACUCCUAAUUUCUGCUUCCUACAACCAUGUAGCCCGUUUGUAAAGACAUUUAAACACAGCAAGAUGAAGAACGGAGUUUUUAGCCUGAAGAACGGCAGUCGUCAGGUGUUUGUAGACUGAUAAAAUCUUUGGGUUUCUUAUGCUGUUUCAACACCUUCCUGCCGUGUGAUAUGACAUCACUGUUGGCUUACAACACAAGUCAAUGUCGUCAGCACACGGGUGACGUCUGCUUAGGUGCUGUUAGAGGAUGGCUGCACAGGUGAAGGUACAAAGUGGGGAGGUUGGGAGGACAAUGACAGGAGGAAAACCUCACUUGAGUCCCCUGACUGACUCAAGCAACACAAGCCCGUCAAUCACGCAGUCGCAUAUCAUCACUCCUGAACCCAAAAAACCUGUCCCUGCCCCCAAACCACGGCUGACUCCAAAACCAUUUGCUGUGGAGAAAAAAAACACUAUCAAGCCUAUACUUGCACCAAAGCCUCAAACCAAACCCAGACCAGAAUCCACUAACAACACUGGACACGCACCAGAGUUUCCCAACAGUUCAGAACCGGAGCAAUCAGUUGCCAUUGUUAAGCCAAGCCCUGUGUCAACUAGUUCCAGUCGUCCCACCUCAACCUCAUUUAGAACAUCCAGUAAGGUGAAUAAUGGGAAAACAACCAAUCCUGUUGCCCAUCCGUUUAAACCAGCCCCUCCUUUUGACUCCGUGGACACCAACAAAAAAAUGCCUCCAUUACCAGCAGAAAGGCAGAAACCUAAGAACCAGAUGACACCCAUGCAGGGUAGAGCAUCCAUUGCUAGAGCCAAGUCAUUGGGGUUUCUUAAUCUGGAUGAAAAAGAAGAUGAACAAAAUAAUUCUGUGACAGUUGUCCCACCCCAACCUCAACCCCGGAGUUCCAGGCCCAGGCCUGUAUCAGCUGUUUUUCUCAACAAUCCAGAGACACCAGUUCCUCCUCCACGCUUGGCUAGUGGAAAACGUCUUUCAUCUGAUCUCACAUCCAAGUUUGAGUCUAUUGGUCUGUCAUUGCACCGUAAAGCGACCAAAGCCAAUGAGAAGGAAAGCACUCCAAAAGAAACAGCAUUUCCACAAAAGACACAACAGGAGAAAAUCAGUGCCUCGGAACAGAAGACUAGUACAGACGUUAAACAAUCACCCCCAGACAACCAGGGGAAUGACAAUUCAGAAAAAAUACGUGCACAGGAGACUGAGGAUCAGCGAGGGGUUAGCAUCAAGUCACGAAUUAAUCUCCUCCUUGAUUCCGCCUCCGCGUCUGAGACGGUGGCUUCUGGCCAAAAAUUGGAUAUUCUCGCUCCGGAGUUGACAGUCCCUGAAAGUGAGCCGCAAGUGGGGGUUAAACAGCUCAUCAGGCAGCUAACAGAGGAUAUAACUUCAAAUCAGAGUCCCGUCAUGAAACCUGCGCUGAAGCCUCGCCACCUGGCCACUGAUCUCACUAAAAAGUUUUCUUCCGAGAGGUUGUCUGACUUUGGCCAUGUUUCACCCGGUGAAACUGCAGAAUGUCAUGAGAUCAGCAAAGAUCCACAAAGGAGGAUUGAACCGGUCAACUCCAGUGGCAAGAUGGCUGUGGAGUUCCAAGAUGACCUCAAAAAUAUCAGCUCAAUGACAGAAAUUCCAGAGAGAGAACACAUAUCAAUUGCCACCAACAAUGAAAGUGUUGAAAUGCAGACAGUGCGAGCAUCCUUAUUUGAUAAUAUAGUGGAGACAGCCAGUGUUGGCGCUGAUUUACUCAGUAAUCCAUCUUUGCCAGGAGGAAACAAUAAGGAUGAAGUAACACUAGUGACUGCCAUUUAUAAAGAUUGUGUAUCUCCACCUCCUCUAAGAGUAAACCACACCAUGGACACAGUGCAAGCAGUGGGAGAGAGCAGAGCAGUGAGUGAGAGCAUUCCAUCUGCUCAGUGGGAAGAUAAAGCUUUGACCUUACGCUCCAGACGCUCAGAAGGAAACAGAGCGAUGAUCGAGACAACGGGUUUAAUACAAGGAGAACCAGCUUCAACAAUGGCAAUGGAGCAACAGCCUCGAUACUUGCGAAUAGGAUCCUUGCACAAAUGGCCAACGACGGAUGUUGCUCAAGAGCCCGAUUUGGAGAAUGUUACGCUAAAGCAAUCACAAAGGGGAAUAGACCUGGAUUUGAAUAAGGACAAAGACAGACAGAGAGAAGCAGAUCAUGAGGAAAUAGCUGCAGCUCCGAAACGCAUGAAAACACUGCAGACAGCUGAAAAGCCAAAACCUAAGGCAACCUAUUUUGCUUUGACCGGACAAAUACAGGAGUCGGAUCCUGGAUCAGACAUUAUAGAGUCAGCAGUGCCUUAUGAUGAUAUUGGUUCUGGACAGGUAAGCUCUCCAGAUACAGUAGCUGCUAUUAAGAGGAAUCUGUCAUUAGAUGCAACUUUGGGAAAAAAUUCUCAAGAGAAAUAUGAGGACGUAAAGAGGACAAGCCACAUUUCAGCCAGACAGGUGGUAUCUGCACUGGAUGCGCCAACAGCAGAGAAAAUGACAGAUGUGAAAACAGAGCAAACAAAGGAGGAUGGAAGGCAAAAUGCCAAAAUGAAAGUUAUUGAUAUGGACAAACGGAGACAAAUGGAAAUGGAAAGACAAGCCAUUUUACAGUUUUCACAGAUGAAAGAAAGGGAGAUGCAAAGAGAAUUUGAAAGACGUAAGGCAUUUGAAAGGGAGAAACAAAAACAGACAGAGCUUCAAAACCAGAAUCCCCAAGAAUUAGAGUAUGAAAAUAUGAAAGAAAUGGAAAAGCAAAGGCAGUUGCCGUUCACAAAAGAAAGGGCAAAUCAGCAAGAACAGGAGAUGCAGAGGAGGCAGGAAGUGGAGAGGCAAAGAGAGCUAGAGAGACAGAGAGAGUUAGAAAAGCAGAGACAGGAAGAAAUGCAUAGGCAGAAGGAACAAGAAAAGGAAAGACAACAAAAACUGCAAAGGCAGCGAGCGCAGGAACUGGCGAGGCACCAAGCACUGAUGAGGCAAAAAGCUCAGGAAAUUGAAAGGCAGCUGGAACUGAUGAAGAUGGAGCAGGAAAAAGAGAAACACAGAGAAUUUGAGAGGCACCAAGAGCAGAUGAGGCUGAAGGAACAGGAAAAGGAAAGACAGGAAGAAUUGAGGAGACAAAAGGAGCAGCAGAAAGAACUAGAGAGGCAACGUGAGUUGGAGAGACAGCAUGAACUGAUGAGAUUGAGGGAGCAGGAAAGGGAGAGACAGCGACAAUUAGAGAGACAGAAAGAGCUGAUGAGGCUGAGAGAGCAGGAAGAGGAGCGACGGCGAGAAGUUCAGAGAGAGCAGGAACGGAUGAGGCUGAGGGAGCAGGAAGAGGAGAGGUUGAAAGAACAGAUGAGACUGAGAGAGCAGGAAAUGGAGAGACUGCGAGAACAGGAGAAGCAGCAAGAACAACUGAGGCAAAGAGAGCAAGAAAUUGAGAGACAGCGAGAAGUUGAAAUACAACACUCACAGAUGAAGCUGAGAGAGCAAGAAAAAGAGAAACAGCAAGAUCAGGCGAGGCUGAGAGAGGAGGAAAUGGAGAGACUGCGAGAACUUGGGAGACAAAAAGAACAACCGAAGCAAAACGAGCAAAAAAUGGAAAGACAGCAAGAUCUCGAGCGACAACAAGAACAGGGGAGACUGAGGGAGCAGGAACUGGAGAGACGGCGAGAACUUAAGAGGCAGCAAGAACGACUGAGACAAAGGGAACAAGAAUUAGAAAAACAAGAGCUUAAACAACAGCAAGAAGAUGUGAGACUGAGGGAGGAGGAAAUGGAGAGACUGCAUAAAAUUGAGAAGCAGCCUAGGGAGCAAGAUAUGGAGAGACAGCAAGAACUCGAACAUCAGCAAGAAAAGGUGAGGCUGAGGGAAAAGGAAAUGGAGAGACGACGAGAACUUAAGAGGCAGCAAGAACGAUUGAGGCUGAGGCAGCAAGAGAUGGAGAGACAACAAGAACUUGAGAGGGAGCAAGAACAACUGAGGCAGAGGGAGAAAGAAACGGAGAGACGAGAACUUGCACGACAGCAGGAAAAAGUGAGGUUGAAGGAGCAGGAAAUGGAGAGACAGCGAGAGUUUGAGCGGCGUCAAGAACAAGUGAAGCAUAGAGAACUAGAAAGGGAGAGACUGCAAGCACUCGAGCCGCAGCAAGAACAGGUGAGGCUGAGGGAGCAGGAAAAAGAGCGACAGCGGGGAUUUCAAAAGCAGCAAGAACUGGAUCAAGAGAGGCAGCGUGAAUGGGAAAGACAAAGACAGAAAGAGGAAGAGAGACAGACAGAGCUGGACAAGGAGACACUUCUUUUGGAAAUGCAAAGGAAUAGGCGAAUGGAGGAACUGGAGAGAGUUAAAGAGAAAGAAGAAGGAAAGCUCUUUGACCAAAAACAGAAGGAGAAAGAAAAUAAGAGAUAUCUUUUUGAGCUUGAAAAGCAGUGGUACAGAGGCAAGGCUGAGAAAACUACAUUGUCAUUAGAACAAGAAAUGCAAAGAAAGAAAGGGAUUGAUAAAGAAAGGGAACAACUAAGACAACUGGAGAGGGAGCAUGAGGAAGAGACUGAGAGAGAACAUUUUAAAGAGCUGGACAGACUGAGAGACUUGCAAAGGGAAAAACAACUCCACGCCGAGAAACAGAACCAAAGGUUAAUACAACAGGCCUCGCAGAAUGAAAGGCUUAGAUGGGAGGCAGAGAGAGAGAAAAUGGAGAAGGCUGAGGCAGAGAAAAUGCGACAGAUUGCCAGACUUCAAGAAGCAGAGCGACAAAGACUCAAGGACAAACAAAGGAAAGAGGAACAGGAGAGAAUGAGGCUCGAUCAAUCGCCUUUGAGGCCCAAAGUGGUGGAUGUGGAUUCUUUGCUCAGAACUGCCACCUCUCAACACAUCGACCCUGCACGAAGAUGGAAGGAGCCCUCUUCCAGAGCUGAAGUGCCCUACAAGCCUUCCAUUCUUGAUGUGGACUCUUUCACGUCUCAAUCUCAGUCAUCAUCAAAUCAAGAUAUACCGACUGCUUCCAGUAUUCAAGAAGUGGACUCCAACUUUGGGAGUAUAUUGCGGCCUGCACCUGAAAGAGAUAUUACAUGGAAGAUGCCGCCACAGAAUUCUCUUGAUUCAGCAAGUCCAGUUUGGACAAUAUCUCCCCAUGACCCUCGUCAUCUGCAGCCAACUGACAUGUCUCACAGUAAACCUCUUCAUGAGCCAAGAAAACACACAACCAAAGUCAGCCCAGAACGACCGCUUGUCAGGCAGGACGAACAUUCCCUGGCCCCACAGAACCAUUGGCGCCGCAGGCAAGGUGAGCUGCUUGACUUGGACCCUUUUUUCCAAAGAGAGGCAACAACUGGCGUUCCCAGCAGUGCUCCUGUUGAUCAGGUCUGGUUACCUAGACAACUAAAAUCCAGAGACAACCAGGAAGAGGUCUGGCACCGUAGGAGAUCCCAAGGAUCCCAGGAACUGAACAGGAUGCGUUCUCGCAGUAUGUCACGUCGAUCAGCUCCAUCUGGUGCUGUUCUUGAGAAAAGUGUUUCUAGACUACGAAGUCGUAGUGCCCACAGAGAACCGGACCACAACAGCCGGGAGCAACAGAAGCAAGGUGUCAGUGAUGAGGAUGAGAGAAAGGACUAUGAAACUCCAGUGGGUGAGACGGAUAGUCAGUAUGGGACUUGGGAGACAGGACUGCGCACUGAUGAUAGUACCGGUAUUGAGUUACUUAAAGGUAGUCUAACUCCUGCCACUCCCUGCUCAGAAAGCAAUCUCAGCCCUACGCCAAGAAACACAACUCCUUCACAUCCACAAGACGAACACGGCAGCUGCGAUGGCCUGCAUCCACCAUCUAAAUAUGAGAACGAGCCGCUCUUGUUCCCUGAUGUCCCAACCACUCUUUUAGACACCGGUGUCCUUCGGUCCAGAGUCCAACUUGGAAAGAAGCGUGCUCCCAGGACACGGCCCUCCAGAACUGCCCGUCAAAACACUACUCAACAUGGGAGCGGGGGGGCUACCUCUGAGGACUGGCUCUACAGAGACUCCACAGAGGAGAAGGUUGAGCGUAAGAUGGAUGAAGUCGAUUCUGAGGAGCAGGCCAGAGGAGCAGACGCCGCUGCUACUUUUGCUUCUCAGCCACAAAGGAUUGCCUUGUUCCCUGGGGUGGACUCUCAAGCUUUAAAGGUCCAAUUGAAGAAGAGAAGCGACUCUGACAAUCAAACUGAUGCACCCUCUCCUUCCCUUCUUUCUCGUUCCCCCAAAUCGCCCUUCUUGUCUCGGACUGCUCGUGUACUUCCGCCAGCUGGUGGGAAAGAAAAUAGUGUGGAGGAAUCACCCCAGUGGUUGAAAGAGCUCAAGUCGAAGAAGCGCUUGAGUCAAUAUGAGAACGAGUGCUAAGGAGAGCUCGCCUUCUGAAACAGAUCUAAAAGAAACUGAGGCCUUAACUAACCGUCGACUCAGAGUUGGAGGAGAAAAUCUGCUGCUGAGGAAUUUUUUUCUUCUUUAGGUUCUCUCUGCCUGGGUUUGAUUGUCCUGCAAGGUGCCUUUCAUAGACAAUAUCAACAAGGGGGCAGAUG